CGUUUCCCCGGCGCCUGUCACACUUCCACACCAGCAGCCGAGAGAUUGCAGAAACUUCGGCGUUUCUCAAUGUGUGCUUUUGUCUAAAUGGCUGGGGUUGUCAUGUUUUUGGAGUAGCGGGAGAUCAGGCAGAGCUCAAUGGCAGCGCCGGAGCUUUACUCGAAGUUGGCCCGAGUCUGGAUCCCAGACCCUGCAGAGGUGUGGAGAUCAGCAGAGCUCAGCAGAGACUACAGACCUGGAGAUCCUGUCCUGCAUCUACUGCUGGAGGAUGAGACGGAGUUGGAGUAUAAGUUAGACCUGAAGAGUGGCGUUCUUCCUCCUCUUCGUAACCCAGAUAUCCUGGUGGGUGAGAAUGACCUCACCGCUCUCAGUUACCUUCAUGAACCUGCGGUGCUGCACAACCUGCGGGUCCGCUUCACAGACUCCAAGCUCAUCUACACAUACUGCGGGAUCAUCCUGGUUGCCAUCAAUCCAUACGAAAGCCUGCCGAUCUAUGGCUCUGACAUCAUCAAUGCCUACAGUGGGCAGAAUAUGGGUGAUAUGGACCCUCAUAUCUUUGCCGUGUCAGAGGAGGCCUAUAAACAGAUGGCCAGAGAUGAGAAGAAUCAGUCCAUCAUUGUGAGUGGAGAAUCGGGGGCAGGAAAGACCGUUUCUGCCAAAUAUGCCAUGCGUUACUUCGCCACGGUCAGCGAAUCAUCUGAUGAUGCCAGCGUGGAGGAAAAAGUCCUUGCAUCCAAUCCCAUUAUGGAGGCUUUUGGAAAUGCCAAGACCACCAGAAAUGACAACAGCAGCCGCUUUGGGAAGUACAUUGAGAUCGGGUUUGACAGGAAACAUCACAUCAUUGGAGCAAACAUGAGGACGUACCUUCUGGAGAAAUCUAGAGUUGUUUUCCAGGCAAGUGAGGAGAGAAACUACCACAUCUUCUAUCAGCUCUGUGCCUGCGCUCAUUUACCUGAAUUUAAACCUCUAAAGUUAGGUAGCGCUGAUGAUUUUCCUUACACUAACCAAGGCGGAAGUCCAGUCAUCGUGGGAGUGAAUGACCUGAAGGAGAUGCAGGCCACAAGGAAAGCCUUUUCACUGCUGGGAAUUACCGAGGCACACCAAAUGGGUUUAUUCCAAAUCCUGUCAGCCAUUCUUCAUCUGGGGAAUGUGGAAGUGAAAGAGAGAGGAUCAUCCAGCUGUAGCAUCUCUGAUGAAAACGGACACCUAGCCAUGUUUUGUGACCUGACUGAAGUGUCAAAUGAAUCCAUGGCUCACUGGUUGUGUCAUAAAAAGCUGAAAACGGCCACGGAAACCCUUAAUAAACCUGUGACCCGACUGGAAGCUGUGAACGGUCGGGACGCUCUUGCAAAGCACAUUUACGCCAAGCUCUUCUCGUGGAUCGUCAGCCAGGUCAACAAGGCUUUGAGCACUUCUUCUAAACCGCACUCGUUCAUCGGUGUCCUAGACAUCUAUGGGUUCGAGACGUUCGAGUUGAACAGUUUCGAGCAGUUCUGCAUCAAUUACGCCAACGAAAAGCUCCAGCAGCAGUUUAACAUGCAUGUGUUCAAACUAGAGCAGGAGGAGUACAUGAAGGAGCAGAUACCAUGGACGCUCAUCGACUUCUACGACAACCAGCCCUGCAUCAACCUGAUCGAAGCCAAGAUGGGCUUGCUGGAUCUUUUAGAUGAAGAAUGCACUAUGCCAAAAGGUUCAGAUGACUCGUGGGCACAAAAGCUGUACAACACUCACCUAAAGAAAAGCUCUCACUUUGAGAAACCUCGCAUGUCCAACAAAGCCUUCAUCAUAUUACACUUUGCAGAUAAGGUUGAAUACCAGUGUGAUGGAUUUCUGGAGAAAAAUAAAGACACUGUCAACGAAGAACAAAUUAAUGUGCUGAAGGCUAGCAAGUUCAGCUUGCUGCUCGAGCUCUUCCAGGAUGAAGAAUCUCCUGCAGCUCCGAACACCACCGCUUCAUCUGGCCGUGCAAAGUUUGGACGCUCUACGCAGUCCUUUAGGGAACACAAGAAAUCAGUUGGACUGCAGUUUCGUAACUCUCUGCACCUGCUGAUGGAGACGCUGAACGCCACCACCCCUCACUAUGUGCGCUGCAUCAAGCCCAAUGACGUUAAAGCCCCCUUCAUGAUGGACCCCCAUCGGGCUGUUCAGCAGCUCAGAGCAUGUGGAGUCCUGGAGACCAUUCGCAUCUCUGCCGCAGGCUUCCCUUCCAGGUGGACUUAUCAAGAGUUCUUCAGCCGCUAUCAAGUUUUAAUGACAAAGAAAGAAAUUCUCUUAGACCGGAAGCUGACCUGCCAAAGUGUCCUAGAACGGCUUGUACAGAACAAAGAUAAAUACCAGUUUGGAAAGACGAAGAUCUUCUUUCGGGCUGGUCAGGUGGCUUACUUGGAGAAGCUGAGGGCUGAUAAACUGCGUACGGCCUGCAUCCACAUCCAAAAAACCAUCCGCUGCUGGCUCGCCCGAAUGAAAUACCUACGCAUUCGACAAGCGGCCAUAACAUUGCAGAAAUACACUAGAGGACACCAGGCUCGAUGCUUGUGUAAGACUCUGAGGAGGACACGGGCCACCGUCGUCUUCCAGAAGAACACGCGCAUGUGGGCUGCAAGACGACAGUACCUGAGGCAGAAAACGGCAGCGGUGCUCAUUCAGAGGAUACUGCGUGGAUAUACGGCUAGACUGGAGUACAAGCGGUUGGUGUGUGAGCACAAGGCUCUACUGAUCCAGCGGUGGGUGCGUGGCUUCCUGGCCCGCUGGCGUUAUCGGCGCAUCAAGCGGGCUGUGGUGUAUCUUCAGUGUUGCGUGCGCAGGAUGCUGGCCCGCAGAGAGCUCAAGAAACUCAAGAUUGAAGCCAGAUCGGUCGAACACUACAAGAAGCUCAAUUAUGGCAUGGAAAACAAGAUCAUGCAGCUGCAGAGGAAACUAGAUGAGCAGCACAAAGAGAACCGAGAGCUUUCAGAGCAAAUAGGUGCAAUAGAGAGCCACAGUGUCGUUGAGUUGGAGAAGUUGCAUGUGCAGCUCAAAACGCUUCAGGAGGCGGAAGAAGAGGCCCGUCAUCGGGAAGACCUGGUGACAUCAUUACAGGAGGAGCUGGAUUUGGUUCGCCGGGAGCUGGAGAAGAACAAAGAGAUGGUCGUGGAGCUGAAUGAAAAGAACACAAUGCUGAAGAGUGAGAAAGAAGAGAUGAACAGACUGAUCCAGGAACAGGAGCAGCAGAUAAGAGAAAAGUCAGAGGCGACCAACGAGGAUGUGACUGAGAACCUGCAAACGCAGUUGAAUGAGGAACGCUUUCGUUACCAGAACCUGCUCACUGAACAUCUGAAACUGGAGGAGCGCUACGCUGAUCUGAAAUCAGAAAAGGAGGUGGCUGAGAUUUCCACAGCUGGAGAUAGCAGAGCAGACUCUGGAUACAGCAGCAGCCAAUCAGAGAGCAUCCAUAGCUCUAUGCUCACAGGGUCAGAGGUCAGCUCGUUGGAAAAAGAGGAUGCUGUGCAGGUGGCAGCUGAUGUUUCCCUGCUGCUGAAACUGCAGAGGAGAGUGGCUGAGCUGGAGAAGGAGAACAUGGACAUGCAAAGUGAGAUGGACACCAAAGAAGAGCAGCUGAUAUUGGAGAAAGCUAAAGAGUUGGAAGAUUGUCGAAAAACAUUAGGGGCUGAAAGAGACUACGAGGCUCUGAAGCGUCAGGAGCUGGAGUCUGACAAUAAGAAGCUGAAGAAAGAUCUUCAGGAGCUGCGUCAGUCUCUCAGUAAGGGGACCGGGUCAAAGGUGACGUCCCCUGGAGGUCGGGCAUAUAAUGUGAUCCUGGAGCAGCUCAACUCCACCAAUGAGGAGCUGGAGGUGCGGAAGGAGGAAGUGCUCAUUUUACGAUCUCAACUAGUCAGCCAUGAGGCCUUCAAACACAAGGAAUUAGGAACUGUAGGAGAUUCAGGUGAUUCGAGCAGAUCUCCAACACUGGACCUGACAGAGCUUAAUGAGGAUGGAGAACUCUGGAUGGCUUAUGAGAGCCUGAAGGAAACGAACAGGAUUCUGGUGUCACAGCUGCAGACGCAGAGAGAGAUGCAUGAGAAGGAGACGGAAAGCUUGAGGGUGGAGCUUCAGCACUUAAAGGCGGAGCUUGACCAGCAGCAGCAGAUGUUAUCGCAGAGUUUGGAGCUUCCACAUGAUGCUCGAAUACAAGCCAGUCUACAGCACGAGAUCAGCCGCCUCACGCAACAAAACAUGGACCUCUUGGAGCAAAUGGGAAAACAGGACAAAAUGGUCCGCAAAUUAAAGAAACAGCUCAAGAUAUACAUGAAGAAGUUUGGGGAACCUGAAGGUGUUCAUUUUGAGCAGUCGUCUCCAGAAAACAUGCUCGCUGAAAGCGGUCGCACGGUCAGUAUCGUCCGGAAAGAGAGAGAUUUCCAGGGCAUGCUGGAGUACAGGAGAGAAGAUGAGAACAAACUCUUCAAAACCCUCAUCACAGACCUCAAACCUCGAGGUGUAGCUGUGAAUCUGGUGCCAGGUCUGCCUGCUUAUAUUCUCUUCAUGUGUUUGCGACAUGCCGACUACGCCAACGAUGACCUGCGGGUGUCCACCCUCCUCAACACCUCCAUCAACAGCAUCAAGAACACACUGAAGAAACGUGGAGAUUUUGAGAGCAUUUCAUUCUGGCUGGCGAACACCUGUCGCUUCCUGCAUUGCCUGAAGCAGUACAGUGGAGAAGAGGGAUAUUCAAAGCACAACACCCCUCGGCAAAAUGAACACUGCCUGACAAACUUUGACCUGUCUGAGUACCGGCAGGUUUUGAGUGAUCUGGCCAUUCAGAUCUACCAGCAGCUCAUCCGCGUCAUAGAAAACAUCUUACAACCUAUGAUCGCACCAGCCAUGCUGGAGCAGGAGACCAUUCAGGGGGUGAUGGGUGUAAAGCCUACGGGAAUGAGGAAACGCACGUCCAGCUUCCACGAGGAAAACUCUCACUCGCUGGAGUCCAUUCUGAAGCAGCUGGAUGGGUUUUAUUUCACUCUGCUCCAGCACGGGAAUGACGCUGAGGUGGUCCGGCAGGUCAUCAAACAGCAGUUCUACGUCAUCUGCUCCGUCACACUCAACAACCUGCUGCUCCGCAAGGACAUGUGCUCCUGGAGUAAAGGCCUGCAGAUCAGGUAUAAUGUUUGUCAGCUGGAGGAGUGGCUGCUGGAUAAAGAUCUUCAGGGCAGUGGAGCUCGAGAGUCUCUGGAGCCUCUUAUUCAGGCGGCGCAGCUCCUGCAGAUCAAGAAGAAGAGCCAGGACGACGCUGACGCCAUCUGUACUAUGUGCACAGCGCUCACCACUCAACAGAUUGUAAAAAUCCUCAGCUUGUACACACCGGUGAAUGAGUUUGAGGAGAGAGUGUCUAUAUCAUUCAUAAAGACCAUACAGACUUUAUUAAAGGAUCGUAAGGAGUCUUCUCAGUUACUGAUGGACGCUAAGAUUAUUUUCCCCGUCACAUUCCCCUUUAACCCAUCAUCUGUGGCCCUCGAGACCCUCCAGCUCCCCAGCAGCCUCAACCUGAGCUUCCUGACCCGAGUUUAACCAGUAAUGUCAUCAUGGCAGAUGCUUUGACAUGACUAAUGGCUGUAGAGCCUUUGUGGACACAUUCUCUGGAAUUGCAAUGUUUACACUUCCUGUAGAGAAUAUCAUGUGUUUUAUGAAAUGUUUGUGUGAGCAGAAUAAUUUGUGGAUCUCUGAUGUGUUUCAGUAUAUAUUGUCUAAACUCUGGAUACUGCAUUAAAAAAUGUUGACUGCAGAAAUUAUUUUGUAGAUAUCAGUAGUUGUACAGGAACAUAUUCUCAGUCUUUAUACAUAUCUUUAAUAUUUUUAUGUCAAAUUACUGCACAUGAAAUGGUUCAUUACCAAUAAAAAAGCAAAUGCUGUAAAAUCUC